GCUGGUGAAUGACGUGGUACAUUUUGCCCUAGCAGCUCAAUUCCCCUUCAGUCACCCAAUGCUCUCCUCUCUUCCUUUCUGUCUCCUCUCAGCUCCUCUCAUCUCCUCUUAUCUCCGCUCAUCUCCUUAGUCUUCUCUUCUCUUCAGGUUUCACUGCUGCUUUUCUUAUGGAGAUUCUUCCUUUCUGUAGAGGACUUUUCCUCCUCGUAGCCUCUAUUUCUCUGGUCAGGCCCAGUCUGCUCGUGGACCAGCACACCAGUGGACACGCAGGCCGCUACCAGCCUGACCUGCAGCCAUCCCAGUCUGUACCGGACACAGGAACCUACCUCUUGGAAAGCACAAGCGGUAAACUCUGUUUAAAAGUCACGAUGGGCUUGGGUUACACUGUGAUCAUCAAGAAGAAGAGCUGGUACUACAACGUGGACCCCUCCAUGUUGCUGGUUUCUGGGCACUGUGGCACCAAUGCAGUGACCCUCUCACUCACACUCCCUAACAACUCUGCCAGCCUCCAGCUGACCUACUCUCUGGUGGACAGUGUCUCUUAUGUCUCCAAGCUGUCAGCGCACAUCUCCCCUCAGCCAGCCUGCAAUGGAUGUAGCAGUGGGACGUACCCCGGGGAGCUGAGCAACAUUAGUCUGUUCCAGGUCCCCCCCGGGGAGAGCUACCAGUGCUCCUCUCAGAUCCUGCUUGUGAUGACGGAGGAGCUGCAGGUCAGGCUGGUCCCCCUCAAGAUCCAGGCCUUCAAGGUCCCUGAUGGCGGGUACGGUCAAGAGGUGAUGUGCCCGGAGGACUACAACAGUGCCGUGAUUCCCACGAUCCUCUGGGCCACGGCCUUCGGCCUGCUGCUGAUCGCCGUGCUCAGCUACCUCCUCGUCAAGGACCGACGUAGGGCCGGCUACCAGCGGCUGUAACGCCUGCUGUGUGUGAACAGACACACAUGGACAUAAACACACACACACACACAUUCGCACACACACACACACACACACACACACACACACACACACACACACACACAC